ACGCGCACGAGGACCGAGUCUCCGUCACUCCACCAGCACGGACACCGAGCAAACUGCGUCUUCGCCGUGAUUGGGCGGAGGGCAGUGAUUCCUUCUGGCACGAUCAGUUUAGAUCCCACCGAAGGGACGCGGUUCCAGCUUUGGCGAACGUGUUUGUUGCUCCUCCCGCGAGUGAGGAGAGAAUAAAAAGCAAGAAAGGAAGGAAGCCACCGACCACCUUUUUGUGUGCGUUGGGGGGCUGCGGUAAAAGUCGUUCACCAUGCCGGUGUUUCACACCAAGACCAUCGAGAGUAUCCUGGAGCCGGUGGCCCAGCAGAUCUCUCACCUGGUCAUCAUGCACGAAGAGGGCGAGGUGGACGGGAAAGCCAUCCCGGACUUGUCUGUACCGGUGCAGGCGGUGCAGGCUGCAGUCAGCAACCUUGUGCGGGUUGGGAAGGAAACGGUUCAAACCACCGAAGACCAGAUGCUAAAAAGAGACAUGCCUCCUGCAUUCAUCAAGGUGGAGAACUCGUCUUCUAAACUGGUCCAGGCGGCUCAGAUGCUGAAGACUGACCCUUACUCGGUCCCCGCUCGAGAUUACCUCAUCGACGGCUCCAGAGGGAUCUUGUCGGGCACAUCUGACCUACUGCUUACGUUUGACGAGGCUGAGGUACGAAAAAUAAUCCGUGUGUGCAAAGGUAUCAUGGAGUAUCUGACAGUAUCUGAAGUGGUGGAGACAAUGGAGGACCUCGUCACGUACACAAAAAACCUAGGACCAGGGAUGACCAAGAUGUCCAAGAUGAUAGAGGAGAGACAACAGGAGCUUACACACCAGGAGCACAGACAGAUGCUCAUCAACUCCAUGAGCACAGUCAAGGAGCUGCUGCCUGUCCUGAUAUCAGCAAUAAAAAUCUUCGUGGCAACCAAGAGUGGGCAUGGUGCUGCCGUUGAGGAGGCAGAGACAAACCGCCGCUUUACCUUCGAGAAGAUGAGCGGCGAGAUUACAGAGAUCAUUAGAGUCUUGCAGCUUACCACGUGGGACGAAGACGCCUGGGCGAACAAGGAUAUGGAAGCACUGAAGAGAUCUUUGGCUUUGAUCGAAUCAAAGAUGAUCCAAGCAAAAAGUUGGCUGAAAGACCCCUACGGUCAACCAGGAGAACCUGGCGAGGUUGCGUUGCGUGUAAUUCUGGAUGAAGCUGGAAAAGUGGGAGAGCUGUGCGCUGGGAAGGAAAGGAAAGACAUUCUGGCCACUCAUAAAGCUCUGGUACCAAUGACCGACCAAAUUGCAGAUCUUCGAGUCAGAGGCCAGGGUCCGAGCCAGGCGUGUGUGCAGCGUGCCGGCCAGUGCUCUCGGGGCUUAGACCUGCUAUUAAGCAAAGUGGACAACGCAGCUCGCAGACUGGAGGCUCUUAUCAAUGCCAAACAAGCCAUUGCCAGGAGGCUGGAUGCUGCGCAGACUUGGCUGGCUGACCCAAACGGCGGUCCUGAAGGCGAGGAAAACAUCAGAGCGUUACUUGCAGAAGCCAAACGCAUUGCCGACCUAUGUGAGGACCCUAAAGACAGAGACGACAUCCUGCGUUCCAUUAGUGAGAUCGCAGGCCUCACCUCCAGACUUAUGGAGCUUCGCAAACAGAUCAGAAUGCAGCCUUGUGUUACCAAUACCUGGCACAUUUUACCUGCAUGGAAGUUAUGUUGUUGCCUGCCAACUUUGGGCGGCAGCCCUACAAUAAGAGGUAAAGGUGACAGCCCGGAGGCCCGCGCCUUGGCAAAACAAAUCGGGGCGGCCCUGCUCACCCUGCAGGCCAAGACCAAUCGAGCCGUGGCCAACAUGAGGCCUGCCAAGCCUGCCGUCACUCUGGAGGGAAAAAUGGAACAAGCGCUGCGCUGGGUCGCCAACCCCGGAGUGGAUGACAGAGGUGUAGAGUGUGAGAGACUCGAGUGGAACACAGGCCAGGCGGCUAUCAGAGGGAUGGUUGGAGAAGGCAGGAGGCUGGCAGGAGGCCUCUUGGGGCCCUACCGCCAAGACAUGAUGGGACGCUGCGACCGGGCGGAGGCUCUCAUGACAUCCUUGGCAGACAUGGCUGGCAGGGGGGAAGCCGAGGCCCCCCACGCUCGGGCGACUGCCGCCCAGUUACAUGACAGCCUGAAGGAUCUAAGGCAGAAAAUGCAAGAGGUGAUGACCCAGGAAGUAUCUGAUGUCUUCAGUGAUACAACCACGCCUAUCAAACUGCUGGCCGUGUCUGCAACCGCUCCCCCGGAUGCACCCAACAGAGAGGAGGUUUUUGAGGAGCGUGCUGGGAAUUUUGAGGCUCACGCAGGUCGUCUGGGAGCUACAGCUGAGAAAGCGGCUGCUGUGGGAACAGCCAAUAAGAGCACAGUGGAGGGAAUUCACGCGGCGGUCAAACAUGCCCGUGAACUCACGCCACAGGUAACUUCUGCUGCUCGGAUCUUGUUGAAGAAUCCUGGUAACAAAGCAGCGUACGAGCACUUUGACACCAUGAAGAACCAGUGGAUCGACAACGUAGAGAAACUCACGGGUCUGGUGGACGAGGCCAUAGACACUAAGUCGCUGCUCGACGCCUCCGAGGAAGCCAUUAAGAAAGACAUCGACAAAUGCCGAGUUGCCAUGGCUAAUGUUCAGCCCCAAAUGCUUGUUGCCGGGGCGACCAGUAUUGCAAGGCGAGCCAAUCGGGUUCUGCUGGUGGCAAAGAGAGAAGUGGAAAACUCGGAAGAUCCGCGAUUCAGGGACUUGGUCAAACACGCGUCAGACGUCUUGUCGCAUACUAUCUCUCCAAUGGUUAUGGAUGCAAAGGCGGUUGCUGGCAAUAUACAGGAUAAAGGGCUGCAGAAGGCCUAUUUGGACUCCUGUCUGAGGAUCUUGGCCGCUGUGGGAAAAGUCAGGGAGGCCUUCCAACCUCAGGAGCUGGACUUCCCACCUCCACCACCUGAUCUAGAUCAGCUCCAAGUUAGUGAUGAGCAGGCUCCACCCAAGCCCCCCCUGCCAGAGGGCGAAGUGCCACCUCCUCGUCCGCCACCCCCGGAGGAAAAGGAUGAAGAGUUCCCGGAGCAGAAGGCCGGCGAAGUCGUCAGUGAGCCCAUGAUGGUGGCCGCCAAACAGCUGCACGACGAGGCUCGCAAGUGGUCUAGCAAGGAGGCAGUAGAGGUAGAGGAGGAAGAUGAGUUUACUGAUGGUGAGGAUGACUUUGAGCCAGAGCUGCUGCUGAUGUCCUCCAAUCAACCUGUCAAUCAACCCAUGCUGGCGGCCGCCCAGGCUCUUCACCAGGAGGCGCGCAAGUGGUCCAGCAAGGGCAACGACAUCAUCGCGGCCGCCAAGCGCAUGGCUCUGCUGAUGGCCGAGAUGUCCCGGCUGGUGCGUGGUGGGAGCGGCAACAAGCGAGCCCUGAUCCAGUGCGCCAAGGACAUCGCCAAAGCAUCUGACGAGGUGACGAGACUCGCCAAAGAAGUGGCGAAGCAGUGCACGGACAGACGUAUCAGGACGAAUCUGCUGCAGGUGUGUGAGCGGAUCCCCACCAUCAGCACUCAGUUGAAGAUUCUCUCCACAGUGAAAGCAACCAUGUUGGGUAGAACAAACAUUAGUGAAGAGGAGUCAGAACAGGCCACAGAGAUGCUGGUGCACAAUGCUCAGAACCUGAUGCAGUCCGUAAAGGAGACAGUUAGGGAAGCAGAGGCGGCCUCCAUCAAGAUCCGCACGGAUGCGGGCUUCACCCUGCGCUGGGUGCGCAAGACCCCGUGGUACCAGUGAACGCAGCAAUUACUUUGUGAACAGCGCUCACAAAAGGAAAAGUAGCGAUAUACAGUACAUAGACUUACUGUAGAUGAUUCUCCAUCAUCCACUGUAGAUGUGCUUCAUUUAAAGCUCUUCUGGUCCCUUUUUGGAGUGGACACAAGGAAGCGUUUUUAUUAAUAUAUAUUUUUGGUAUGUUGAUUGCAGGUAGUUAUAUAUUUUUUGCAUGAAGAUCUUUUAUAUUUUCUAAAAAGCGACUUGAGACAUUGUGAUAGGACUUUUAUGUUUAAACAGAGCUUCGCUUCUAAACCCCGUAAUGCCUGGAUUUACAUUGAACUCUUUCAGUCCCGGUGAUGAUGCUAGAUGUCCAACCCUGUGGCGUGUAAUCGUUUUCUUCUGUGAACCGAAACAAUUUUGUCACUUGUUGACAUGCUAUCCAAUUGAAGUGGGAUGUCAAUGGCAGCAAAAGUGUGAACAAAUAUACAUAAAGCAUUGGACAUACAGAAGUACAUAAAAAAUAGUAUUGCUAGAGAAGAUACUCGAUAUCGAAAAUUGACUUGAAAAAUUCAGCUAAAAAUGAGAAAAUCCUAAAAAUUAAAAUCAAACAUAGCAUUACAGUAAGCACUGAAAAUUUCAAUAAUUUAAUAAAUUCCUCAUUGUUUGUAUUUUUAAAAAUAUAUAUUUAAUGGUUUUCCUAGUUUUUAAGAUUUUUUUUUUUUUUUUUUUUUUUUUAAGAGGUACAGGAUUUUCCCAUUUUUGUGUUGUAUUUUUCACUUAAAUUUUCUAUAUUUAGUUUUUAUGAUUAUUUUGAUUUUCGUUUACUUGGGGUUAAGGUUGUAUUUCUUGAUUGUUUUUUUUAUGUAUAUUUGUUAAAUGUAAAUUCAGGUAAAAAGGGAUUUUAAUCAUAGGUGGAGCUAGACUUUUGUGGGGAGGCAAAACAGUGUCAGCAAUAAAAUUAACUUACAAUAUAUACAGUAUAUUUGUUCAUAUACAAUAAGGAGCAGAAGUAUUUGCAAGUUUCCCACUUAGAAAAUAGGUAGAUCAUAGAUGCAUUUCCACUUAUAGAGAGAAAAUCUAAAAACUAAAUCCAGAAAUCACAUUGUAUGAUUUAUGAAAAUACUUUAUUUGUAAUUCACUGGGGUUCAUAAGUAAUUGUACCCCUGAGAAUCAGCAAUAAUUAUGACACUCAAAGAGUUGUCAGUCUUACCUUAAAAAGUCCACCUUUACCCCAUGAGUAACCACCCACCCACCACCCGUUUGAGCGCAAUAUUGUCACCUGUGCACCCCGCAGUCAGUCAUAAUCCAUCUGCUACCAUGGGCAAGACCAGAGAGCUUUCGGAAGACACCAGAGAAAAAAUUGUUGAGCUCCACAAAGCUGGAAAAGGCUGUGGCACAAUUGGAAAGAAGCUUGGUGAGAAUAAAUCAAUAGUUGCAGCAAAUGUUAGAAAAUGGAAAAGGCUAAACAUGACUGAUAAUCUACCUCAGACUGGGGCACCAUGUAAAAUGCCUCCCUGCGGGGCAUCACUCAUGACUCACUCUUGAGCUGGUCAAUGACCUGAAGAGAGCUGGAUGCACAGUUUCAAAGGCUACUAUCAGUAGAACACUACGGUGCAUUGUUUUAAAAGCAUGCAUUGCUCCGAAGGUUCCCCUGUUGAAGCCAAGAAAUGUGAAGGCCCGUCUGAGUUUGCCAUUGACCAUCUAAAUGAUGCGGAGAGGUCAUGGGGGAAAGUCAUGUGGGCAGAUGAGACCAAAGUUGAACUUUUUGGUGCCUAUUUUACUCGUUGUGUGUGGAGGAAAAAGAAGGAUGAGUACAAUACCAAAAACACCAUCCCCACUGUGAAGUAUGGGGGUGGAAACCUCAUGCUUUGGGGCAGCUUUUCGGGAAAGGCAACAGGACGACUGUACUGUAUAAAGCAGAGGAUGAAUGGUGAAAUGUAUGGUCAGAUUUUGAGCCACAACAUCCUUCCCUCAGUCAGAGACUUGAAGAUAAGUCGUGGCUGGAUUCUCCAACAUGACAAUGAUCCGAAGCACACAGCCAAGCUGACAGAGGAAUGGGUAGGUAAAAAGCAUAUCAAGGCUCUCGAGUGGCCGGGCCAGUCUACAGACCUCAAGCCAAUAGAAAGUCUUUAGAUGGAGCUGAAACUUUGUGUUUCUCAACGACAGCCCCGAAUUCGACCUGACAUAUCUAGAGAAGAUUUGUGUGGAGGAAUGGGCAAAAAUCCCUGUUUCCAUAUAUGAAAACCCGGUAAGGAACUCCAGAAAGUGUCUGACCUCUGUAAUUCCAAACAAAGGCUACUGCACUAAAUAUUAGCACCGAUUCUCUCAGAGGUACAAAUACUUAUAAAGCCCAGUAAAUUACAAAUAAAUUACUGAAAAAUCAUAUAAUGUGAGUUCCGGAUUUUUUCAAAUAGAUUUUAUCUCUAUAAGUGGAAAUGCAUCUAUGAUUGAAAUUUCAGACCAUUACCUAUUUUCUAAGUGGGUGAACUUGUAAAAUCACAAAGGGUGCAAAUACUUCUGCUCUUCACUGUAAAUAUAUGUGGCGGAAAACACUCAGGUGACUUGAAGUUCCGCUCUGAAAUCCCCAGUUUGGCCAACUUUCGAAAUUGUCUGAUAUGCAUGUGUGAUACAUCAUUGGAAAGCUUAAAAUCUCCAUUUUCUGGGGGAAGAAACAUUUUGAACAGGAGGGCAUUUAAAAAAAAAUAAUAAUAAUAAACUGCAAAACCCUAACUGGAGGUGAGAGCACGCGAGAGCAUAACUAAAGACGUCACGAUUUUAACGAGAUAUUAUCGUGUACCUACCUCUUUUCAAUCCAAAAAUUCCAUGUUGCAUAUAUUACCGAGUGUCAAGACACAGCUGUGAAUAGCCACAGCUGGAUUUUUGGGGGAUUUUAUAGGUGAAACAUGGUAAUAUAACAAGGAUCGCGAUGCAGAAAUCGCAGACAUCAGGGAGUAAUCGAGAUUUUCAUUUUCAUAUAUUUACCCUUUUAAACGUUUUUUUGUCAAUUUUUCUUUGUUUGGAUCGAUUAAUUAUCAUCUGAAAUAUUGAAGAAAACACGACAGUAACGAAAAAAAUAGAAUUAAGCGAUAGUUAUGAGGUAGAUAUCCGUGACUUUUUUACAGACGCCAAUUGUUUCAUUGCGACGUAAUUUGUUUAAAAGUUUAAAAUAUGCGAGUGAAUUUUUUUUUUCUUUUUUAAACUAAAUAUUAGACAUCAAUUAAUGAUUCUAAGGGGAAAAUGACAGACAUUUCAAAUAAUAAAUACGAUUAUUUACCUUCUUUUUAUGGACAAAAGCGGUUGCGCGACAUCUGUAAACAGGGGUUUCCAGGGUAAAACAGACAAAUUAAAAAAAGUUUGGGGGCUUAUUGCGCCAUGAAUCUGCUAUGGCAGCAUAUAGACAUAUUGUUCUAUCAAACACAACAGUUCUUUUGGCUUAAAAAACAGCAGUUUAUUUAAAAGCGGUGUGCAAGAGCAGAAACUGCUUUUUCAGUCUUGUCUGAUUUUUACGCCAUAUACAUACAUAUAUUUAUAUUUAUAUAUAUUCUGUACACAUCUUGACACUUUUUCAUGUUCAGUCAUUGGUUUAAGCUCAGUUGUUGUUGAAGCUUAUGAAAGCUUAGGUUUUAAGAAAUUCUAAAUAUCCAUCUUGCCUCCUUAGCUGUACUUUUGGCUCAGCAAAGCAAAGGACCGUCUUAACGGUGCUAGUCACAUGAUCGUUCAAAAAAUAAUUUUGACCCAUUAGGAAAUACUUUGUAGGAUCCUUAUUCAUUUUAUUCAUUUUUGUUGUUUUAUCACGUUACAACUUUUAUAGACAACAUUUUAAUGGCUGGGUCUUUAAAGGGGAAUUUCAGAAUUUUUGACAUUAGGCUUAGUCUUUGAGUUAGCGGUGGUUUAGCUAGUCAGUGGAGUUGAUUUCAACAAAUUCCGUGCAGUUUGUCAGUUAUUUGUUAGUUUCAAGGCUCUCGAGGAGGUUGCUAAGCUAGCUCGAGUCCGUGGUGUCUGCUUAGCAUGCCAAUAAAAAACUAUAUUAACGGAUCUAACAUAGUCAAAUAAAUUCAAAAUGCAGAUCAUUGCUCGAAAUACCCAUGCGGCCAAAACAAUGGCACACCAUUCUGCCGUAAUUCAUUUCAUUAUGCAGGACUACUUUUUUUUUUUUUAGAUGCGUAAUGUGACUUUAAUAGAUAGGAGUGCUACGGCCAAUCGUGUUCAGUCUGCUGAAAACAUAGCCAUCAUGAUUGAUUGCAUGUGUCAUUAGUGAUUCUCAUGCAUGCAUGUUGCUUUUUUAAUAACAUGCUCAGGAUGGGACCAUUGACUCGUGCUAGCUUAGCCUCUCCGGAGCCCUGAAACUAACAACCUGCACGGAAUUUGUUGAAAACAACUCCACCGACUAAUUAUACCCCGCUAAUUUGAAGAUUAAGCUCAAUGUAAAAAAUUCUGAACUUCCACUUUAAAUUUAUUUAUAGAAAAGUCAACCUCAGGCCAUGAUUUUUCAGCCACUAGGGGGUCCCUCCCUCAAUCUCCGCCUAUGAUUUUAAUCAAGUUUUGUGUGUGUGCACUCACAUGUGAGCAAUAUUUACUGACUUUAAAAUGCUUAAGGGCAGAGCUCUCCUUCUGUUUACUUUGACAAUGAACGCUGCUCUUAACUGAAUGAAAAUUAGCGUGUCAAUUUUGAAGGAGUUUGCAUUUUGGUGACUCUUAUACUUGAACCACAAUGUCUUCUAGAUGCAAAAUGCUUGGUGAUGAAGUGGAUAAUUAAAUUAAUGAGUAGCAGUGUUGAUUUAUUGGGUUGACAUGAUGACACAGGUUGUUUUUUUUUGUUUUGUUUGAAAGAAUAAAGGAACUCAUUACUUGUAAGUUUGAGCACAAUAGUAGAUUUUAAUGGUAUUGUAUUUAUUAUUAGUCGUUUUAAUUGGUUUAAUUGGUUUACUCUCAACUAGUUUGCUGUUUGAAUUAGACCAACACAACUCAUCUGUGGGAGGUUUGAUACAGCAGUACUUCACUAUCAUGAAAGCAGAAGUUAAUAUUGAGAUAGUUAAAACGUUGUUGUUUUUUUUUUUUUUUUUUUUUUUUGCUUGAGCUCUAGUCAAACGCCCAGCCCUAUUUAAAUGUGAAGUUUGUGUGGCUUUUUUUUACAUUUAUUUGUAUUUUUUUUAAUUUGGCCAAACAAUGCAUUUUACCAUACAAAACUACAUUUUCAAACAAGGGCAUAGGUUGGUCUCCACAUUGGUUGGGACUUUUUGCUGGGGACGGUACAUUAAUAAGACCAAACAGAUUGAUUGGGUCAGGGCUAAAUUUCUCACAAAUAUGAACUUAAUUAAUUGAUAGGCUAAAUGAUCAAUGCAAAAAUAAAUCUGUACUGUUCUAUACUGUUCUAACUUUCAUGUUUAUUGGUUCAGGUGAUACACCGUUCGAUUCAAACCUUUGUUUUCAAAAACUACUAAAGAAACAUUCUCAAGUGCAUGUCCCUUUCUUUAAAAAACGGGGAGCUAUCCAAAAAUGGGUCCACUUCUGAGGGAAAAUUGAGCACCUUUUAGACUCAAACUAAAGUAUUGUAAUAUAAAAGAGAUCUAGGAAAAAUUACUGAAAAAAAAGCUGCUGCUGGCCGAAAAAAACUUCUAAUAUCCCUCCUCUUCGAAGGGGUGGCAUGUUGUAGACAUGAAUCUAGAGAGCGACCGAAAUAGGUUUUUCAGGACUGAUAUCGAUUAUUAGUAGUUAGAGGGGCCGAUAACCAAUUUUUGGAACCGAUAUUCAUUUGCAGUAAAAUUGUUUUAAAAAACUGGUGUAUAAUAAUUGAAUAACGCAAACACUGAACUUCAUUGAAAUGCCUAAAGCAUGUUUCUUGAAUCGCACAAAUAGAAAAUAAUAGUUCCAGAAGUGCCUGAAUUUUCUAGACCCAGAAACAGCUUAUAAACUUGAAGAAAAGGUUAAAUAUAUAGCUCUCUGAACUUUUUCCACAGAAAAGAAAGCCCUGAUAACCUUAUCUAACUAUCCUUGAACAAGAUACUAAACCACACGUUGCUCCUGGUGCUGCGUUACAAGUAGGUAGAUAGAGAUAUAGUGUCAAGCCUUAAAAAAGAUGGAAAGGCGCAAUACAAGUGUAACUCCAUUUGCCAUUACCAUUUAACCAAUCAGAGGACGGGGUGAAUACUAUUGCAGGAGACAGCAGACAGGAGAGGCUCAGCUGCAUCUGAGCUGAAAUAACCCAGUUUUAAAUUGAUGUUUUCAUAUUGGCUGGUCGGAUUUAAAAAAAAAAAAAGGUCAAUGCUGAUCAGAGGUUGCGCUACACAUUUUCGUUGUGUCAUUUUGACUGACAGGGUCAUAAAAAUCCGGUCAUAGUCUAUUUUUACCCGUCAUUUAAAUUUUUAAAAUGAUAAUGAUGACAUAUUCAAUAGUAUUUAGUUUUCAUUCAUUUUAAUUAAUAUUGUAACGCUUGCUUGGCGGCGAAAAAUUAGACACGGAAGUUGUGGUAUUUUUCUCCCUUUUUACUCUGCUUACCGCCAACAACUCCGCCCCCAAAGAAAAGGAGGCAACGAUAUAGACCCCAAUCACCAACGUCACACAAUGAUCUUAAUUGUGGUUGUCAGCCCAAAAUCUUCUAAAUAUAUAUUAAAUGCAUCUUACCAGAUAUAAAAAGACUACUACAUAGUCUGUGGUGAUCGUUUGGUGCCCAGAUUUCUUGUCGAAUUACAGCAGUCCAUCUCGCUCUCAUCUUCGGGUCUCUCAGAAUACGGUAGAACUUCAAGUCUCUCCGUCUAUCUUCUCUGUUACAGCAACCAACUGCCACACACACCUUCACCAUUUUGAUUAUUAAUAUUAAUGAGCAGAAAAACACGCCGUAAUAGGAGGCAUGUACGUAGCGGUAAUGUGUAAACAUGACGAGCUGACACACAAUAUGGCGGCUCCGGUCAGGGGGGCGGAGUUGUGACGUCAUGUGAUUGGGGUCUAUACACAGGCGGCAAUCUUGUCCAUCAAUUGGAUGAUGCGCUGGCAAACCGGGUGCACCAAUAAGAACCUCGCGUUGAUGUGUCAAUCACGGUGCCGCCGCAAGAACCCGGUGACGCUACAAUAUUCUGACAGAAUAGCCAACGACGUCAUGCAUUAAGAGAGACAAUAGCUAAUUAAUAUCCUAACUCGCCACCCUGUGGUCUGGGGUGUGAAUUGCAACCUGUCAAAAUGACGGACAGACUUCAUUUUUUUCCGUCACCGUUUUAAAAAACUGGUCAACGACGGAAAAUUUCCGGUUAACGCGACCCCUGAUGCUGAUAUAUGUCAAAUUUCCAAAUAAUUGUGCCAAUAAUUGGCCCGGCCGAUAAUCGGUCUAUCUCUACAUUAAUCUGUCUGAGCUGUGUGAGUGUGCAUGUGUGGUGGUGGGGCAAGCCAUUCAAACGUGCGUCCAGCACAUUCAGCAAGUGAAAAAGGGCAUAUGCAAGUCUGAACAUAAUGAAAAUAAUAAUGGUAGGGUCACUUCUAUCCUUACAACAUAAGGGAAGACAAUCUAAAUAAUCUAUAUACUGUAACUGAACUCAUUAUAUAAUGCAAAUAAGAUUGCUUAAAAAUUGGUGGGGACAAUUUGACCAUCAUGAAAAGUUGCUAGUGUUAUGUCCCUAUGCAAACCUAUGCCCUUGUUUUCAAAUAUAUUCAAGGAGCACCAUCGCAUGUUUAACGCUUUCAGUCAAUCAUGAGGCUCUUUAUAUCCUUCUGCUUUCAAUUUCAAUGAGUUUGUCACCAGUAGACGUCCAAUGCAUUUGAACUGGCAACACAGCCCCUCAAUUCAAAUGGAAUGAAGGUCUAGGGCCGUCAAUGGCUGUUUCAUGUCACAUUUAUUUCCCUGGUAUUAUCCCAAAACAGUUGAACUGUUUUGUGGAAAUCAUUUGACAGUUUGAUCACCAUUUACCGAAUAUUAUUUAGCAUAAAUUUUCAGCUACCGCUUUAUAGUUUAUACAAUAUUUUGUAUGAUUGCUGGGCAAAUGUAACUGUGAAAUGGAGAACCCGUGUGAGCGUGAAUAUAAAUGAGCGCAUCAUUGAAGGGACAAAGUGUAGUGCGCAUGUAGCAGUUGCUUGCCUAGAGUUACAGGGUGUGUGUACAUUAUAGUACAAUGCAUACUCGUGUGAUGUCUCUCCCUUGCACCCUGAAUGUAUCCUGAGAGCUCAUGGCCAUGCAAAUACAUGCGCUGUUUGUGCCUUGAAAGAAUAAAAAGACUGCUAACGAUU